AUGGACGCACCGCUGGACGUGCCACCGAAAAUGCAAAAGAUGGCGUCCUUUCGGGCAAUGCUGCAGAAAUCGAAGUCAGAUCCUCCGUUGGUCACCGAUUUAGAUCCCACUCCCAUGAGUGAAGCGCUUUCACAGCCGCACAGUCUCUUUGAGCGACUUGAAUCGCCCUGCACCACUGAUCGCUUCGACCGAGACUUCAUGAGACAGGACAUCAAGCGAAGGCGGAGAUUGCAGGAGGAGGCCUUGAAGGAAAGCGGGAAGGAGCAGUUGCCACAGCUCAGCAACCCCGAGCAGAUGGGCGAGGACAUGACGCUGCAUCGCAGUAUGCGAGUGACCUUGACUGCUGUACCCACGGCUUCCCUCAGCUGGUUACGCUUUCUGCCAUAUGCCUUGCGCAUGCCAGGCCUGAAGGGGGAUGACUUGGAUCCUGUCGCCAGAGCCGAAGCCAUGGAGAUUUGCCAACAACAUGUGUCUCACCUGAUGACGGAUCCAGAAAAAGCCUGUCGCUGGUUGUGCCGAAUUGCGAGCUUGCUGACAUGGUACGAGAUGGAAGGGCCCUUAAAUCUGAAGAGGAAACAGGUUCCCAACGAAGCCACUUCACAGACUCUGGAAGCAGAGCAGAAGGACUGGGACGAGUCUUAUCGCAGCCUGUGGGUUUUGCUGCGACAAGGCUCCGUGCCCACCUUUUGCAUCGAAGCGGAGCGUUUCUCUAUCCUCGUCUUCGGGGACAACAGCGGCUCCUGGACGCAGGGCUCGGAGCCUGUGAAGCCCAGCCGUUCGGAGCCGCUGGCGCUGCUGUGGCCCUCGACACGGGAGAUCCGGGCGCUGCUGCAUGAGAACCACGCGCACUUCGACGUCCCCGGCGGUUCCGACGGCGGUGCCGGUGCCUGUCUCGGCUCUGGCGCGACGGAGCAGACGCUGGCAGAGCUAAGGGAAUUGCACCGGGACGGGGAGAAGGCCACGACUUUGGGGCUGCGUGACUUGGAAGACACCUCCAGCCCUGCGCUGUUGUUCAAAGGCUCCUGGCGUGUUCAUGUCCUGAUGGAUGUCCUGCGGCAGUAUUUUUUGGGGCAGCCCAACCCCUCCGCCCCACCUUCACCGACUCGGCUUCCGCGGCUGCUAUCGCCCAAACCCUUUGUGAACGCCAGAGCAAAGACGGCAGAGGUGGUGAAGCUUUCCACUGAUCCGGCCACGGAGCUUAGAGGCUCUUUCUUUCCACAGCAGUUGCAAUAUUUCCUGACCCUUUUGCGAGUUAGCUAUCCCAAGUUUCGUUGCGAAUUGGGCGCCGGUCGGGGCAAAGAGAGCAGCCAGGGACCCCAGGGCCGAGGAGGUUUGAAUGCAUUCACUCUGCUGAAGCAACAUCGCAUUGAGUCUGUCUCCUGCGACCGGGUG